AAUAAAGUGAAAAGUGACAUCAUUCAUCGGCAUUCAUUGAUGGAAAUUAAAUUUGGGAUGUGUAGAAAGAUAAUAAACUCACUUUAUUAAAGUAUAGCUAUUGAAAUACAAGAAAAUAUAUUAGUGAUUAUUAAAAAAUGGAGGCUUAUGAUGUAAUCGUAAACCAACCAGUUGUGAUAGAUAAUGGAACCGGAGUAAUAAAAGCAGGAUUUGCUGGUGGUCAAAUCCCCAAAUGUAGAUUCCCUAACUAUGUGGGGAGGCCAAAACACACUCGGGUUAUGGCAGGUGCUUUGGAAGGAGACUUGUUUAUUGGUCCCAAAGCCGAAGAACACAGAGGCUUACUAUCCAUCAAAUAUCCAAUGGAACAUGGUAUAGUGACGGAUUGGAAUGAUAUGGAAAAAAUUUGGGGUUACAUUUAUAGUAAAGACCAACUUUCCACUUUCUCUGAAGAACACCCUGUUUUACUCACAGAAGCUCCACUAAAUCCUAGACCAAACAGAGAAAAAGCUGCUGAAAUUAUGUUUGAAACUUUCAAUGUACCAGCUUUAUUUAUUUCAAUGCAAGCUGUACUUAGUUUAUAUUCUACUGGUCGAACUACGGGAGUAGUUCUUGAUUCAGGAGAUGGUGUUACUCACUCUGUGCCUAUUUAUGAAGGUUUUGCUUUGCCACACAGUAUCAUGAGGUCUGAUAUUGCUGGAAGAGAUGUAUCUAGAUAUUUAAGGUUGCUUUUGCGAAAAGAAGGCAUAAUUUUCCGUACAACAGCAGAGUUUGAAUCAGUCAGAACUCUCAAAGAAAAAGCCUGCUAUCUCUCAAACAACCCAAUAAAAGAAGAAUCUGUAGAAACUGAACAAAUCAAUUACACUUUACCAGAUGGCACAAUAAUUAAAGUAGGCCCAGCCAGAUUUAGAGCUCCUGAAAUCCUCUUCAAGCCUGAUAUGAUUGGUGAAGAGUGUGAAGGUAUACAUGAGGUGUUACUGUUUUCUAUACAAAAAUCUGACUUGGAUCUCAGGAAGGUAUUAUUCAAAAAUAUUGUUUUGUCUGGUGGUUCAACUUUAUUCAAAGGAUUUGGAGAUAGGCUGUUAUCUGAAAUUAAGAAAAUGUCACCGAAGGAGACUCAAAUUAAGAUAUCUGCACCACAAGAAAGGUUGUACUCAACAUGGAUUGGAGGAUCAAUUUUAGCAUCUCUAGACACAUUUAAAAAGAUGUGGGUAUCAAAAAGAGAAUUUGACGAAGAAGGACAAAGAGCUAUACAUCGAAAAACAUUUUAGCUCUAAAUUAGACUUUUCAAAUGUGAUUCAUUACAGAGAUUUGAAAUUAACUCUUCUGAAAAAAUAUAUAUAUGAAGAACAUUUUUUAAACUUUGUGUGCUACUUAAUAUGCUUUUGUGGAUUAUAAUAACUUAGAAGUAUUACAAAUAAUAUUGUUAUGACCAGUGAAGAGUAUGUUACAGAAGAGCAUAAUAUGUUCAAAUCUUUUUAGUAAACUUAUUUUUUUUAACUUAUUUUUCAUGUUAAAUAAUAUUAUUUGAGUUAAGUUCCAAAUUUAGAUCAAUAUUAAUUUUUAUUAAUUUAAGUUUAUUUUUACUUUAUUUCUGUGUAUUUUUUAUAUGAAUUAUAUUUAAUCUUGGCACAAUAAUAUGCAGCUUCAAGUGGCUUCUUUUUAAGAAAAUAUAAAUAAUUUAAUCCAAAGCUUACUUGUUAAUUUUCUAAAAAAUUAGAAAAUUAUAUUUUUUCUAUUUCCCUAUGAGAAAAGUGUUCCAUUUACACAAAAAAAAAUGUAUUAUGCUGGGAGAAAGAGAUGCAGUAUAUUAUGUGUGCCUCAUGCAAAGCAUGGUAAUCUAAAAUGAUAUUUAGAUUGGGCUAAAUUUAUAGAUAUAGACUAUAUUAGUAAUUAUGUAAUUUGUGUUCCACUGACAUUUAUACAUAUGCAAAAUAAUUUGGUUACAAACUCUUUAACCUACUUUAUUAUGACCUACGAACAAUAAUAAAAAACGAAAAACUUAAAAUAUAUUUCGCAAAUUUAUUGACAUAAUUGUUUUGGUUAAAAAUUAAUUGUCAGUAGAACACAAUUACAUUUGACUAAUAUGCGUUUUGAGGUGGACAAAUUAAUGUGAAAAGAUACCACAUAUCCAGG